AGUCGGACACGACUUCGCGACUGAACAACUGACGGGGAGAACUUUCGUUGCCUGGCCUGCUUUGUCAAUUGAAUGGCGAACGAGUGAGGCCCGAGGAGGCUCCACGCACACGGAAGGGGCCGUUUGUUAUUAUCAAGAGUGGUGUUGCGAUGAUGCCAACCGCCCCGCCUGUCCCGGAUCCUGCCAGUGCGGAAAGGGAAACACGAGGGAGGCGGAGGCCAGCGGAGAUUUAUCAAGCCAAGCGAUCCCCUCCAACUGCGGCGGGAAGAGCGACCCUGCACUGUCACUUUCGGGUCCAGAGACCUGAGUGGCAUUAUCACGGAGACGCCCCUCCUGACGCCCAGCCAGUCGAAAAGUUUUUGUCCACAGAAUCCCACCGAGGGGCGUGCCAGUGGGACAGGGUCCAGACUGCAGCAGACACGCCCCACUCUGGGCAUCGCGACGUCGGAGGAGCAGAGAGCGCGUCAUUUCCGCCCUCACUCUCGGCCAGACAGGGAAGGGCGGGGCAAGCAGAAAGCGCGCUGCUUGUGCGUCACUUCCGGUGAGUCUAGCGGCGACAACGGCAACAUGGCCCUAAACGGCGCUGAAGUCGACGACUUUUCCUGGGAGCCCCCGACCGAAGCGGAGACGAAGGUGCUGCAAGCGCGGCGGGAGCGACAGGAUCGCAUCUCCCGGCUCAUGGGCGACUACCUGCUGCGUGGUUACCGCAUGCUGGGCGAGACCUGUGCUGACUGCGGGACGAUCCUCCUCCAAGACAAACAGCGGAAAAUCUACUGCGUGGCUUGUCAGGAGCUCGAUUCAGACGUGGAUAAAGAUAACCCGGCUCUGAAUGCCCAGGCUGCCCUCUCCCAAGCUCGGGAGCACCAGCUUGCCUCUGCCUCGGAGCCCCCCUUGAGCUCUCGGCCUGCCCCUCAGCCGCCAGUACCCCGUCCUGAACACUGUGAGGGAGCUGCAGCAGGGCUUAAGGCAGUCCAGGGGCCACCCCCUCCUGCUGUGCUUCCAAAUGCAGAUGUGGUGGCCUGCACACAGGAGGCUCUCCUGCAGAAGCUGACCUGGGCCUCAGCUGAGCUGGGCUCUAGCACCUCCCUGGAGACUAGCAUCCAGCUCUGUAGCCUUAUCCGGGCGUGUGCUGAAGCCCUGCGUAGUCUGCAGCAGCUGCAACACUAACAACCUCUCCUGAGAAAAACCCUGUAGAAAAACAGCUGUUCCUCUUGUGUGGUUCGUUCUUUUUUUUGGUUCUGAGUGUGCAUGCAAGUCCCAGCUCCACUCGUCUUUUCCCUACUUUUGGUCUUUCAUGGUAUCACAGUCUGGUCUCCUUGAUGCCCUGAGAAAUGAGUGGGGCUUGUUUCUGCUCAGUAUCCCCACUCAAAGAAUGAGGUGGCAGAGGACUAUGUGCUAUUUUUUCUUUUUUUCUGGUGAGGAGGCCCCAACCUCAAAAGCAGAAACAGGAGGUGUGGAUCUCUGAAGGAAUCCUGGAACCUCCCCAGCCAUCCAGCGCUAUUCCCCACCCUUGAGAGAGAUUUGGGGUUCCAGUCCCCUCGGUAGCUUCCCUUUCUUCCCCCAAGCAUCCAGACACCAUCAUCCUGUCCCACCUCAGGCCCAGAUCAGGUACCCAGAUACUGACAGGAUGUAGUCAGAUAGGGAUCAAGGAUGGUCUUAAUCUGUCUCCUGACCACACCCCACCCCUUUUAGAUCCUUUCCUUGAGAGUUGUAAUUGGCCAGAAUAAACAGUGUUGGGGAGGGGGAGGAGCCGCACCCUCCGCUUUUAACCUCUUCCCUCCUUUUUACCUGCUUCCCUUCUAUCGGUGGCCAAUGCCCUUUUCUCUGGUCUCCUGGGGCAACGUGGUCGCACAGAGCUGUUGCCCUUUUAAGACAGGCCCCGCCCACGAGGAGGGGGUGGGGCAGGGGCGGAGUCGGAGGAGUCCGGGUGGGAACAAAGCGCGGCCUGCGGGCGGCGGCUGGGCUCUGGUGGCGGGGCCGCGGGGUGCGGGGCUUGCGGGCGGUGGCCCGGGCGGAGCGUUGGCGAAAAAGAGGCGGCAUCAUCCUCUGGUACCCGCCCGGCCAUGAAUGGGCUGCCUUCUGCCGAGGCGCCGAGCGGCGCGGGCUGCGCCCUGGCUGGUCUCCCGCCGUUACCGCGCGGCCUCAGCGGUCUUCUCAACGCGAGCGGGGGCUCGUGGAGAGAGCUAGAGCGCGUCUACAGUCAGCGCAGCCGCAUCCACGAUGAGCUGAGCCGAGCCGCCCGCGUCCCGGACGGGCCCCGCCAAGCCACCGGCGCCGCCAACGCGGGAACUGCCGCGGGUACUCCUGGCUCACGUCGCCCUGUCAACCUCGACUCGGCGCUAGCGGCGCUGCGCAAGGAAAUGUCUUUUGCAGGUGGGCCUGCGGCAGCUGGACAUGUCCCUGCUGUGCCAGCUGUGGGGCCUGUAUGAGUCGAUCCAGGACUAUAAGCACCUGUGCCAAGACUUGAGCCUGUGCCAGGACCUGUCAUCCUCACUGCACUCAGACAGCUCCUACCCACCCGACGCUGGCCUGUCUGAUGACGAGGAGCCUCCAGAUGCUAGCCUGCCCCCAGACCCGCCACCCCUCACUGUGCCCCAGACACACAAUGUCCGGGACCAGUGGCUGCAGGAUGCCUUCCACAUCAGCCUCUGAGAGCUGGGAGGGUGGGGGCAUGCACCCACGAAAAAGGCUCAGAAACUCACCCCUCAGCAAGUACUCGGACUGUGGUGCCUGCUUUCCCCCAUACCACCUCACCUCACAGGAGGGCAGGGUCUGGGCCCCACGGAGGCAAAGCUGCCCACCCUCUCAUGUCUUGGAUUAGCUGGCACUGGGGCGGGUACCUGGGCUAUAGCCUCUGCCCAUGGCACUGGUCCUCCACUUGUCCCACCUGUGGGACCUCCAGCAUGGCCAACCUUCAGUCCGGCAGUGGGGUCCAAAGCACUUCCCUUGGCAUCUCUGGGACUGGGAUUGAGUGGCCUGGCUCCUGUCUCUUCACCUUCGCUGCUGUUGGCAGCUCCUGGCUCAGGGGCAUCCCACCUCUGGCCCCUGGGUUCCACUGCCCUAGACAGGGGCUCUCCAGGACCCAUUCCUGCACCAUCCAAGGUCAGGAGGGUCAAGGCUUCGUGCUGGAUAUUUAAGUUUAGGGGUCAGCCUCUUUGGCUCAUAGAUAAAUAAACACUGUCUCAGCA